UACUGAGUCCGACGGAGAAGAAUCUGGUUUGCCAGCUCCAAGCGUUUGUUCCUCUGUCUGUCAAAUCUUCCGUUUUGCUAUCGGAAUUUCAAUAAUUCUCCGUUCUCUUCUUCAACACAACACUUGCAAUUUCAGUUUUCUUUGCACUAUCUUCGAAACAAAGAACCCGUAUUUGCCUGAUCAAGAUCUCCCUCGUUCUUCCUCCAUUGAACCAACUCUCGAUCAGAUUGAAAAUUGUUCUUCAAUUGCCCUCUCCAGGCCAGCCACUCACUGUGGUGAAGAACAACUUCGCUAAAAUAUAUUGAAACCUUCAAUUCUAAGAUGGAUUGGGUUUAGGGUACAGAAUGAUUACUGGGUUUCUGAAUUCGGGGCUCUGAUUGUUCAGCCAUGUGGUUUUCCUUCUGGAGAUCCAGGGAUCGAUUCUCGUUAGAAGAACUCAGGUAUUUAACAGAUCAGCUGCAAAAGAUUCAAAUAGUCAAUGAGGUUAACAAGGAUUUUGUUAUUGAGGCGCUGCGAUCAAUAUCAGAGUUGAUAACUUAUGGUGACCAGCACGAUGCUUCCUUCUUCGAGUUUUUCAUGGAGAAGCAAAUCAUGGGAGAAUUUGUACGUAUUUUGAAGAUUAGCAGGACUGCAACUGUUUCACUUCAGUUGUUGCAGACAAUGAGCAUCAUUAUUCAGAACCUUAAAAGUGAACAUGCUAUAUAUUACCUAUUCAGUACUGAACAUAUGAACAAGCUAAUAACAUAUGCAUUUGAUUUCCGGAAUGAUGAGUUAUUGUCUUACUAUAUAUCUUUCUUAAGAGCAAUUAGUGGAAAGCUGAACAAGAACACAAUCUCUCUUCUUGUGAAAACUCAAAAUGAUAAAGUAGUAUCUUUUCCAAUGUAUGUAGAGGCUAUUCAAUUUGCUUUUCAUGAAGAAAAUAUGAUCCGCACAGCAGUUCGUGCUUUGACGCUUAAUGUAUACCAUGUUGGAGAUGAUUAUGUCAAUAGAUUCAUCACCAGCCCUCCUCAUGCAGAAUAUUUCUCAAAUUUAGUGACCUUUUUCAGGAAGCAGUGCAUUAACUUGAAUGAGCUGGUCUUUGAGACAAUGAGAAGCGCUGAGACCUCAACCUCUACAAUUCUUGCUGCUGUAGAUGAAAUUGAAGACAACCUAUACUAUAUUAGUGAUGUUAUUUCUGCCGGGAUUCCUGACGUGGGAAGGUUGAUAACUGACAACAUUUUGCGGCACUUGAUUUUUCCUUUGCUUCUUCCAUCUUUGAGGAUAGAGGUUGUUAAUGGAUUUCAAAUUGGAGCUGUCACUUCUCUGUAUUUACUUUGUUGCAUUUUGCGCAUAGUUAAAAUAAAAGAUCUCGCAAACACCAUCUCUGCGGCCUUUUUCUGUCCACUGGACGCUUUCUCCCCACACCCUGAAGGAAGACUUGAUGGAAAUAUGACUCAGUUAUGUUGUGAAACUAGAAGCAAGUCAUCAGGAAGUGAUAGCAUUGUAAGGCAGCCGUUGGAUGCUGAAUCUGUAAGAAAAGAAGUAUCGGAUUCAUCUGCUCCUAAAACUGAGUUAGAAGAUGUGACUGUGAAGAAUGAUUGUCCAGGCUCCCGCGUGGAACUGAGGGGAGCUUUGCUUUCUCAUAUUACAACUGGGGAUGAUGUACAAGUCUUAGGUGCAUUAAGUGUUCUGGCUACACUUCUGCAAACUAAAGAGCUGGAUGAGUCAAUGCUGGAUGCGCUUGGAAUUCUUCCUCAAAGAAAGCAACAUAAGAAAUUGUUAUUGGAAGCCUUAGUCGGUGAAGAUUCUGGCGAAGAGCAACUCUUUUCUUCAGAUAAUACCUCAGUGAAGGGUGGCAUCGAUAUUGAACUUGAUGGUUACCUACAGAAGCUUAAGGAUUAUGGGAUUUCAUAUUUUCUUAAAGCAGGUGCAAGCCCUCGUGCCCAUAGGUUUGAGGUACUAGAUGCAUUGGUCAGUCUCUUUUGUCGUUCAAAUAUAUCUGCAGAGAUUUUGUGGGAUGGUGGGUGGCUUCUGCGGCAGCUGUUACCUUAUAGUGAGGCAGAGUUUAACAGUUAUCAUCUAAAAUUGCUGAAAGAUUCAUAUAAGUACUGGGCUACUGAGCUCUUACAGGAAGCUAGAGGGAUUUGGUCUGAUUUCCUCAUAAUACUUCUUUCUGACGAGUGGAAAAAGUGCAAAAGAGCAAUUGAAGCCCCAUCACCAAGGAAAGAACCGAAGUCCAUGCUCUUGCACUCUGCAAAGGCUUCUUUCGUUGAUGCUGUUCCACCUGAAUCAUCAUUCGCUGCUGGUCAAAAAAUGUCAGAGUUGGUAAAGGUAUUUGUUCUUCUACACCAACUUCAGUCAUUUUCCCUUGGCAAGGCUUUGUCAGAACAACCCUGUAUUGACGGUCCCUCAGAAAUUUCUGAAUGCUCUCGUGCAAAGGUUGCUGGACUAGAUGCUUCAGGACCUAAACCGGGUGCUGAGUUGAGACUUGAUGGUGCUGUGCCUUGUAGGAUUGCAUUUGAGAGGGGGAAAGAGCGCCAUUUCUACUUUCUUGGAGCUGCUAUUGGAACUUCCGGAUGGAUAAUUCUUGCUGAAGAACUGCCAUCAAAACUGAAUUGUGGAAUUAUUCGAGUUGCUGCACCUCUUGCUGGAUCAAAUCCUAGAGUUGAUGAAAAGCAUUCAAGAUGGCUGCACUUGAGGAUUCGUCCAUCAACUUUACCUUUUCUAGAUCCUGCUAAACACGGUACCCCAUUAAAGUUAAAGGCCAAACCUUUUGUGGAUGGGAGAUGGAUACUAGCAUUCCAGGACGACGAUACUUGCAAAUCUGCUUUAUCUAUGGUUUUAGAGGAGAUUAAUCUGCAAAGCAAGGAGGUUGAGAGAAGACUUAAACCAUUGGUCGGUCUCGAAAGAGCUGUAGAUUCUUCAGAUGCAUCUUUAUGUUCUACUAAGUCAUUAACUUCCAAUACAAGUCCUAAUCUAAUGUGAGUAUCAAUGUAUUAAUUCAUCUAAGCUUCCCCGCGCCCCCCCCCCCCCCAAUAAUAGAUUUGCUUGAUCAUGGGGUGAUGUAUUAUUUAUGUAACCACCCUUCUGUAUAUGUUCAUCCCCUUACCUCAGAAAUGAGGAGCAAAGAAGAGUAGUUUUAGCAUCUGAGAGUUUGUAUCAUUCUUUGUAUAGUAUUUCUUCUUAUUUGUUGAUUCAUCAACAAGUUUUACCACCCCCUUCAUUCUUUUGUUGAUCUAACCAUCUUCUUGUGCUUUCUUCCUCAUUAUGUAAGAAAUAAACAUUAGUGUAUAAUUGAUUGAACCUUAAGCCU